CUAGUAUUAUGGAUCCCGAACUCAAUUAGAAGGACUAAUUUGAGAACUUAAGAAAGUAUCACGAAAGAAUCAUCAUUUUAAUAGUUACUAAUUACUAUCUGAAUUGAAUUUCUUGCUCAAAACACUACACAACUGCUUGCUAAGAUAAACCCUAAAGCCAGAACUAGCGACUACACUAGUCACAAAAAUAAGCAAUAGCCCACCGUCGCCCGCACCGCCGUCUCCACCGCUCAAUCAAUACAGCUCAGACAACACAAUACAUAACACAACAAAGACAACCCCAAUUUCUCCACUACCAUCUUGAAAUUUCAAACGCCGACAAAUUAUCAGACAAUGGCCGGUGGUCGAUUCCGCGAGCUCCUUAAAAAGUACGGUAAAGUAGCGAUCGGCGUUCACUGUUCCGUUUCAGCAGCUUCCGUCACCGGCCUCUACGUCGCCAUUAGAAACAACGUGGACGUUGAAGCCAUCCUUGAGAAGUUCCACUUGGGCGCUGCUUCCUCGGAAGAAAACCCUAACCCUACCUCUGAUACCGACUCUUCCACGGUAUCAGUUAAGAGCCGCACGGCACAGAUGGCGGCUUCGGCAGGCGGUGCUUUCACCCUAGCUUUACUCUGCAACAAGGCUUUGAUCCCUGUUCGGGUUCCUAUCACUAUAGCACUCACACCCCCAAUUGCGAGGUUCUUGGCUAGGAGGAACAUUUUGAAGACUGGUGUAUGAAUGAACAUGCGUUUUGGUUGAAUAGUUAUACAGCAGAAACAGACCAACACGACCUUUAGUGAUUCGGGAGUUUAUGUGGAUAUGCAAAAGGAAUUUCAAGGGAGGUACCAUAAUGGGUUUCUAAUAAACUUAAAUCAUGCCGGUCAGUUGGUGUACCUUAAGAAUGUUCUUCUUCACCUGAAUAGAGUUGCAAGCGUUUAUUGCUUAAUAACCUACUUUACCUUUAGCCAGUAAUCUACUUCCACAAUCUAGAUGAUCCUUGUUCUAAAAUCUCCUCAAGUUUAUUUUGAUGGUAUUCAUAGUCCUAUUACUAAGAAAAGACAGGCAGUGUUUUCAUUAGAGAUGAUCGGGGUCUAUGGGUUAUUGAUUUCAUGAAUGAACCCGGUCAAGUAAAUGGUAUUUUGGCAUAAUUUAGUACUAUUUUGGAAGGGCUAAAAAUAAGCUAUUCUUUCCACACACUGGUUCAAUCAGAUACAAAGUUGUUAACUCUUGAAAACUCUCUUGGUCUCAUCGGCAUCAAUAUGUAUCUAGGUGAUCCCUACAAUAAGAAAAAGAAUGGCUUUGUUAUUCA